GGCCGGGGCCCCGCCGCCUCCGGCCCGCCCGGCCCCGCUCCCGGGCCAUGCGGCCUCGGCCCCGCCGGCGCCCGCCGCGCACCCGGGGAGAUGCGGCUCCGCAAUGGCCCCUUCCUGACGCUGCUGCUCCUCUGCCUGUGCGCCCUCCUCUCGCUGUCCUGGUACGCGGCCCUCGGCGGCCAGAAAGGUGACGUGGUGGACGUGUACCAGCGCGAGUUCCUGGCUCUGCGCGACCGGCUGCACGCCGCCGAGCAGGAGAGCCUCAAGCGCUCCAAGGAGCUCAACCUGGUGCUGGACGAGAUCAAGAGGGCCGUGUCCGAGAGGCAGGCGCUGCGGGACCGCGACAGCAACCGCACGUGGGCCAGGCUCACCGAGGACCCGCGCCUGAAGCCGUGGAACGCCUCGCAGAAACAUGUGCUGCACUUGCCUUCGGUCUUCCACCACCUGCCGCACCUGCUGGCCAAGGAGAGCAGCCUGCAGCCGGCCGUGCGCCUGGGCCAGGGCCGCACCGGAGUGUCGGUGGUGAUGGGCAUCCCCAGCGUGCGGCGCGAGGUCCACUCCUACCUGACGGACACGCUGCACUCGCUCAUCUCGGAACUGAGCCCGCAGGAGAAGGAGGACUCGGUCAUCGUGGUGCUGAUUGCUGAGACUGACCCGCAGUACACCGCGGUGGUGACGGAGAACAUCAAGGCCUUGUUCCCCACAGAGAUCCAUUCCGGGCUCCUGGAGGUCAUCGCCCCUUCCCCACACUUCUACCCUGACUUCUCCCGGCUCCGCGAGUCCUUUGGGGACCCCAAGGAGAGAGUCAGGUGGAGGACCAAACAGAACCUCGAUUACUGCUUCCUCAUGAUGUACGCGCAGUCCAAAGGCAUCUACUACGUCCAGCUGGAGGACGACAUCGUGGCCAAGCCCAACUACCUGAGCACCAUGAAGAACUUCGCUCUGCAGCAGCCGUCCGAGGACUGGAUGAUCCUGGAGUUCUCCCAGCUGGGCUUCAUUGGGAAGAUGUUCAAGUCACUGGACCUGAGCCUGAUUGUGGAGUUCAUCCUCAUGUUCUACCGGGACAAGCCCAUCGACUGGCUCCUGGACCACAUCCUGUGGGUGAAGGUCUGCAACCCGGAGAAGGACGCGGUGAGCAGGGCUGCAGAGGCGGCCGGGCGGUGGACAGGCACCUCCAGCGGGGACUGUCUGCGGAAGCACUGUGACCGGCAGAAGGCCAACCUCCGCAUCCGCUUCAAGCCGUCCCUCUUCCAGCACGUGGGCACGCACUCCUCGCUGGCGGGCAAGAUUCAGAAGCUGAAGGACAAGGACUUCGGGAAGCAGGCGCUUCGGAAGGAGCACAUGAACCCCCCGGCCGAAGUGAGCACGAGCCUCAAAACGUACCAGCACUUCACCCUGGAGAAGGCCUACCUGCGCGAGGACUUCUUCUGGGCCUUCACACCCGCUGCCGGGGACUUCAUCCGCUUCCGCUUCUUCCAGCCGCUGCGCCUGGAGCGCGUGCCUGGCAGCCCCGCCUGCAGGGCUCACAGGCCUGCCGGCCGCAGGUUCUUCUUCCGCAGCGGGAACAUCGAGCACCCGGAGGACAAGCUCUUCAACACGUCCGUGGAGGUGCUGCCCUUCGACAACCCCCAGUCAGACAAGGAGGCCCUGCAGGAGGGCCGCUCAACCACCCUCCGGUACCCGCGGAGCCCCGAUGGCUACCUCCAGAUAGGCUCCUUCUCCAAAGGCGUGGCCGAGGGCGAGGUGGACCCGGCCUUCGGGCCCCUGGAAGCACUGCGCCUCUCCAUCCAGACAGACUCGCCCGUGUGGGUCAUUCUGAGCGAGAUCUUCCUGAAGAAGGCGGACUGAGGAGGACUUCUGAGGACUGGCCCCCGACGCCAGGAGACCAGGAUGUCUUCGCUGCUGCCCCCAGGGCCAGAUGUGGCCCACCCGGCCUGAGGGUGCUCCUGGCACCUCUCAGCAGCUGGGGCUGCCGCUGGCGGGAGGCCCCAGGAGCUGGUGCUGCCCACCGCCCGGCCGCGGGAGGAGGUGGUGUCCCCACACUGUGCCUGAGGCCGGUCUGGCCGCCCCAACUGCUCGCAGCUGGCGGGGGGCUGGAGCCAGGCCGAUGUAGAAGAGCUUUUCCUGGGCGCUCUCUGGCGCGAACACUGGAAUGCAUAUACUACUUACGUGCUGUGUUUUUUAUUCUUGGAUACAUUUGAUUUUUUUCACUUAAGUCCACAUAUACUUCUAUAAGAGCGUGACUUGUAAUAAAGGGUUAAUGAAG